AUGGACACAUGGAUCGUCCUAGGAAAGGGAAUUAGACAAAAUCUCCUGGAUAAACUGGAGGCAUUUACAGAGACUCUCUUCUGGAAUGAGUCAACAAGGGAAACAAAUCACACUGUGGUGACUGAAUUCAUUUUUAAUGGACUCUCUGAUUCUCAAGAACUUCAGGUCUUCCUGUUUGCAUUCUUUUUUGUUUUCUAUGUAGGAAUUGUGUUCGGCAACCUUCUUAUUGUCACAACUGUGAUUUCUGAUUCCCACCUUCACUCUCCUAUGUACUUCCUGUUGGCCAACCUCUCAUUCAUAGAUCUGUCUCUGUCUUCUGUAACAGCUCCCAAGAUGAUUGGUGACUUUUUCUGCAAACGUAAGGUCAUUUCUGUCAACGGCUGUCUUACACAGAUAUUUCUCCUUCACUUCUUUGGUGGGAGUGAGCUGGUUAUCCUUAUAGCCAUGUCCUUUGACAGAUAUGUAGCAAUUUGUAAACCUCUACACUACACUACAAUUAUGUGUAACAAUGUGUGUAUUGGCAUUAUGGUUGCUGCGUGGGGAAUCGGCUUCCUACACUCAGUGAGUCAAUUGGCCUUUGCAGUGAACUUACCCUUUUGUGGUCCCAAUAAGGUUGACAGCUUUUAUUGUGAUCUUCCAAGAGUAGUCAAACUUGCCUGUGCAGACACAUAUAGGUUGGACAUCAUGGUCAUUGCCAACAGUGGUAUACUCACUGUGUGUUCUUUUGUUCUUCUAAUCAUCUCCUAUACUGUCAUUCUAAUGACCAUCCAGCGCCGCCCUUCUGAUAGAUCAUCUAAGGCUUUGUCCACACUGACUGCUCACAUCACAGUUGUUCUUCUGUUUUUUGGACCUUGUAUCUUCAUUUAUGCCUGGCCCUUUCCCAUUAGGUCAUUAGAUAAAUUUCUUGCUGUGUUUUAUUCUGUGGUCACUCCGCUCUUGAACCCCAUUAUAUACACGUUGAGGAACACAGAGAUGAAAAUUGCAAUAAAACGUCUAAGAAGCAGGUAUGGUCCAUAUGAUGAAGAGACAGCUCAGGAGCUAAGGAUGCUUUUUGAUUUUUCAGAAGAAUUGAGUUCACUUAGCAGAACUGUUGUCAGGCAGCUCAUGGACUACAACUACAGCACCAAGGGAUUUGAGUGA